AUGGACUCUGCCUCACAUCCAAAGUCGAAAUGGGGCUUUCAUGUCUCCACAGCAAUCAAAUGGAAGCUUAUGCUAUUUGCGGCGCUCUUGGUUCCCGUAGUCUUUGAGACGCUGGACUACACAGUUGUCGCCACGGCACAGGUGCAUAUUGCCUCCGUCUUCAACCGCGUUGACCUUCAAAGCUACAUCGGGACAGUCUACCUGCUCACUUCCACUGUCUCCCUCCCGUUAUUCGCCUCACUAGCCGACGUCUGGGGCCGUCAUUGGUCGCUCCAGUUUGCCCUGCUUCUCUUUACUGUCGGCAGCGCGAUCAGCACGGGAGCGCAGAACAUGGCUACAAUGCUUGUCGGUCGUGGUAUUGCAGGUAUCGGUGCGGGUGGUAUGAUGGCGGUGGUCCGUAUCAUCCUGUCAGAUUCCCGCUCCCUGGACGACAAUAACUUGCAACAGUCCAUGCUAUUCUUCCUGUUCACGAUCGGGUACUGCGUGGGUCCCGUUAUCGGAGGCGCACUGACGACAGUCUCCUUCCGCUGGAUCUUCGCUAUCAACUUGCCGUGCUGCGCUGUGGCGAUUGUCCUUUGUUUUAUUAUCCUCCGCGGCCGCACCAAGGGCUCCCAGCCCCGCCACAACCCACUCAACCAGGACGAGUUCACCUCAGCCGAGGACGAGACGUUCUUCACGAAGUUCAUGCGCAUCGAUUGGGUUGGCGCGCUCUUGUUCAUGGGCGGCGGCGUCACCGUCCUCCUCGCGCUCAACUGGGGCUCCACGGGCGAGUGGUCCUCUGCGCGCGUCAUCGCGUGCUUCAUCGUCUCUGGGGUGAUGUACGUCGCGUGGGUAGCGUGGGAGUACGUCCUCGAGCGUAAGGCCGAAGUGGGCAGGGUGAGCCGCAACCCGCUCAUGAACACUGACCCGAUGAUCCCGCUCGCGCUGUUCACGUCGUUUGACCUGUGCGUGUCGCAGUACGCGAUCUUCGUGUCGGGCCUCGUCAUGCUCGUCAUGUUCUAUUUCGUCGCGAUCUUCUUUACGAUUGUCGGCGGGCUGUCGGGCACGGGCGCGGGGACCCAAUUGCUGUACUUCGUGCCCGGUCUUGCCGGGGGCUCGCUGUCGUCGAUGGUCAUGGUUAGACGUCUGCGGCAGCCGAAGGUGCCCAUUGUCCUGGGGACCUUGAUUAUCACCAUAGCACUGGGCUUGGUUUCGUGGGCCGUUGACCGCAAUGACAAGGGCCAGGUCAACGGUUUCCUCGUUAUGACUGGCGUAGGCGUUGGCAUGACCAUCGGCCCUCUCGCCGUGCAGGCCCGUUUCUCGCAGCCUGAACAUCGCAACGCUGUCGUCGCCGCGCUCAACCUCUUCAGUCGGGCUCUCGGAGGGACAGUCGGCCUCGCGCAAUGUGGUGCCGUCCUCAACGGCAAAGUGACGCAUUCGCUCCACGCGCUCGCCCAUUCGGGCAUGCUGUCGCCCUCGGAUACCGCGCUCCUGCAGAACGGCCUGUCGUCCGGCAUCUCGUCCCUGCAGAGCAUCGGCUCGCUUCCGCCCGACGUGCAGCAGCUCGUCAAGGGCGCGUUCCAGCAGGGCACGCGAUGGGCGUUCAUCUCGCUCGUGCCGUGGUCGGGCCUCGCGUUGGUGUUGACGUUGUUCCUAUCGAAAAUUGGCGAUCCAGAUCGCGAAGGGCGCGUCGCGGCGAAGGUGGUUGUGCAGGAGAAGGAGGCGGCCUCGCAUUCGACGGAGGAGGCGAAGAGAAUGGACGACUCGGAGCCGAUCGUCGCGUAUACGCAACGCAUAGGACACGUAUGA